CAACCGCCACACUCGUUUCGGAGAAUUUGGCUUCCGUCAAUCAAAUCUACGACGACACACGAACAUCAUCGAGACUUGGACGAACGACUGCCGAAGUUCAGUUAAAAUUAUGGGAGGCCGAAAAUAUGGAAGCUCUCUGCGAUGGAGAAUUGUUUUUUUGUAUUACCUCAAUAAUAUGCAGCCGAAAGAGAUUGCUGAACUAUUAUGCUUAGGAAGAACGUAUGUUCAUACGAUAUUGAAGUGUUACCGAGAGACAAAGGGCGUAGAUGAAGAUCGGGCUCUUAGAGUGCGGGGAAGACAUCGUGUUUUGAGUGCAAGAGACCUGAUAUUUAUUCGCCGAAUUAUCAGCCAAUAUCCAGAGUUAUAUUUGGAUGAAGUGAGAGAUUGGCUACAAUUUCAAACAGGGAGAUUAUUUGCUCUAUCCACUAUUAGUCGAACAUUGCGAAAAAUGGGACUGUCCAUCGUAAAGCUUCAGAUCAUUGCCAAACAGCGGGAUGAGAUGAGGAGAGCACAGUACCGUCGUUUUAUUUCACAAUUCCAAAGUCGACACUUACUUUUCAUAGACGAAUCUGCGAAGGAUGAACGAACAUAUCAGAGAAAAUAUGGACUGGGUCUCACUGGGAAAAGAGUGUCAAGAAAGGGAAAUUUUACACGUGGUACUAGAUAUAGCAUUUUGGCAGCUAUAGCAGUUGAUGGAGUCAGAGCUUCACAUUCUAUUGUAGGAUCAUACAACCGAGAACAGUUCGAAUUUGCAAUGGAACAAUUUGUAAUACCUCAUGUUGGCUCUUAUGCUCAAGAUGAAAACUGUUCAAUAGUUGUAUUUGACAAUUGCAAUAUUCAUCGAUCUGACAGGGUAUUUGAGCUGAUCAGGCAAAGAGGAGGGAUGUCUGUGUUUCUACCGCCUUACUCACCAGAUAUGAACCCCAUUGAGGAAUGCUUUGGAGUUGCUAAAGCAUGGUUGAAAAGACAUCAAGAUUUAUGUCAAACACUUCCAAAAAGAUGUUUUGAAAGAGCACUUGAAGAGGUCUCACAGGAUAGCUGUACAAAUUUCUUCACAUCUUGUGGAUACACUUGAGCGCUUAUAUUAAGGAAAAGCAAGGCAAUAUAGGUUACUAUUACUAAGAGAAUGUUAUUUCCUUAAUUGCAAGGGCUGGAAGAGCAGACUAAUGUAAUGUUCAAUAUUCAAUACCUUCAUCCUCUUUCUUGAUUAAUAGAUUGACAUAAAACAAUUAUUGAAUAAAGUUUACAGGGAAAGGUUUGACAAACCCCUUAAGUAUCUGUAUGGUACAUGCCUUAUCAGCUCGCUGUGGGUAUAAAGGCUAUAAAAAAAAUUAUAAAACUCAUUAAUAUUCAUAAGGCAAAACACAAUAGAAAUCAUAGCCCAUGAAGAGAGUUGUAUGUUACAUACAGAUUUCUUGUUCA